AUGAAAAUGUUUGCUGUGUCGCUAGGAACUGGAAUUGUAGGAGUUGUCCUGAUUGCUGUCACUGCAGGCUUAGCAGCCCCAGCGGUAGUAGCUGCUGGAGGUGUCUUAGGUAGUGCACUGGCCGGAGCUGGUUUUCAAUCACUGCAGCAGACCGUGGAUGGGAAGUCCGUUGUGACUGAAGAGUGCGAUACUAAACAGUGGUUGUUGAAAGCGGGGAUUGGAUUUGUUUCUGGGGCAGCAAUUGGAGGUGCUACAGUAGGCAUCACAGCAGGUGUAGCAGGCCUUGGAAACAGUGUCAUGAAGUCUGCAGCUUUGAAGAUGGGUCAAAGCAUAAAGAUUGGAGCAGGAACCGGUUCCGUUGGUGGAGCUGUGUCAUCCGUUGCCUCAGAUGUCGGGAGAAAGUUUGUUGAUGGAGAAGAAGUCACAUUGAAGCAGGCAGUUUGUCACGUAGCCUUUGGUGCUUCCAUUGGUGCUGCUGCAGGAAUAGCAGGAGGUGCUUUCUCCAAAGCUUUAGUAGGUGGCCAGUCAUCAGCAGCAACUGCUAAUCUCGAAGUCGAGGUCGGAGAACAGAUUGCGGUACUGACUGGUGCAAGACGUGUCGCCAAUGUUCUGGCUAAGAACAUUCCUCGAGCCUUGACGGAGUCUGGAACCGAAGCAGUGAUGGGAACAGCAGCUCAAUUUGUCGAGGAGCGCCUAGAUGAUUCUGUGGAAAAUCAAAGCCUGGGACAACAUCUUAGCAGGGGAGCUGCGAAUUUUACUUUCAAUGCUCUCAAAGUCGGUGUUCGAGAAACCGCCACUGGACUUGUUUCUCACAUGAAAAACGAAAUCAAAGUCUUAAAACGAGUAAAAAAGUACUCGAACGACGAUAAAAGCGUGAGGCUUGGUAACAAAAGAGUAGAGAGAGUAAAACUUUAUUUGGAAAAUAACGAGCAUCUAGUCAAAUAUGAAGAAAGCUCUUGUUCAGCAACCUAUCAUCCUCUGGAAUCUGAAGAGCUGUUGAAGGACAAAACGUACCCAUUGCCUACAAUCUACGAAGAAGCUGACGUCCCUAGCGAACAAAUGGAUCCCCUGAGUGCAAACGAGUAUGUGAACCCCGUGGUCGAUAUUGAUGGUGAAGUUGGCCUGAAUGACUCUCGUGGUCAGGUGAAACAUGAACGCUUUGAAGAAAACAAAGAGCAUCUCAUCAAAUUGGGAGAAAGCGCAUGUUCCCCAACCAAUCAACCCUUGGAAUCAGACCAACUGUUGGAGAACGAAACCAGUCCACUGCCAGUGGUCAGUGAAGAGGCUUGCGUCCUUGAAGAACACGAAUCAGAUCAACUAGAAGAUAUGGAGAUCAAAUAUAUAUCUGAGGGGGCUUGGACCUCUAGAAUGAUUGUCAGUUUCUUUCUUGAUGGCAAGAAAACUACGCAACCAGUGUCAGGGAGCGGAAAAUUCGUCACCAUUCCUUCUCGUGCAAAAGAUAUUGAAGUCAAAUUUCAAGUGAGGCGACCAUUCUGGGGUGACGUCAUGAAGUAUAAUCGCUUUAGAGAGGCCUGGUUUCGACCUUAUGAGCCGCAUGUCUUCAGGUACGACAAACCUACUAACCGUACGUUUACCAUUAGCGGCAAUCUGUGGUGGGAAGCUGUUAUGGGAGUCACCAAUGAAUACCAUGAUGAAACAAAGGAACUGUGA